AUGAAGAUCCUCCUCAUCUUCACCCUCUGUCUGAUCUCAGAUGGAGGAGCCUCCAAGGAAGUAACAGGAUAUUCAGGAGGAGGAGUCCUUAUCAAGUGCAAGUAUACUACAGAAUACAGAGAAAACCAAAAAUAUUUCUGUAAGCGUUCAUGGCUAUCCUGUUCUGACCAAAUAAAGACAGGAGCUAAAAACGAGUGGAUAAAUUCAGGAAGAUUCUCACUGUUUGAUGACACCAAAUCAGCAGAGUUCAGUGUGAAGAUCAGAGAGCUCACUGUAGAGGACACUGGGACGUACUACUGUGGAGCUGAUAAAUUGGGAAUAGACCUUUACACACCGGUGGAACUGAAGGUGAAGGAAGAUCUGUUCUAUGAGAAGUCCAUCAGUAAGACUGUCCAUGUAGGAGGAGAUUUGAAUAUCAGCUGUAAAUACCCACAAUCCCUCAGGAGUGACCCCAAGUUUCUCUGCAAGACGAGGCUGCAACGUGCUGCUUGUUCUUAUAAAGAAUCUGUUAAAGAAAGCAGAAAAUAUGUAAAUGAGGGGAAAUUCUCCCUGUAUGAUGACAGAGAAACACAAAUGUUGACUGUGAGUAUUAGAAAUGUAACUGAGCGGGACUCUGGUGAAUACUGGUGUGGAGCUGAAGCAGCCUGGACAUCUGAUCAUGGAUACAAGGUUUAUUUCACACAGAUCGACCUGACAGUUACUGAUCCACGUGUCCCAGUUUCAACCUCGAAACCAACACAACCUUCAUCAUCAUCACCACCACCAUCAUCACCAUCAUCGUUGUCAAGGUCAUCAUCAUCAUCACCAUCAUCCACACCGCUACUUCUCACAAAUAAACACAAAUCUCAGUCUACUCCAGCUUCUCCUCCAGCAGGAUUUCCAGCUUCCACUGUGAUCACUGUGUCUGUAAUUCUGCUGCUGCUUCUGAUUGCAAUCUCAUUCCUUACUUUGACUCUACAAAAGAGAUGCAGAGGUACAGCUUCUACUGGCAGGAGUUCUGUCCAAGGCUCAGGAAACAACCAAGGGGUUCCUCUUGAUGACUGUUACUACGAAGAGAUUAAAGACACCAGACGACUUCCUGCCUCAGACGCUGAAUCUUCCACAAUUUACUCUACUGCUCAACUACCCACAAUCCUCUCUGAUCCUCAAACUGUUUAUUCAAACACAGAGUUACCCACAAGCCCCUAUGAUUCUACUGUUUAUUCUACUGCUCAACGACCCACAAUCCCCUCUGAUCGGGACAUCUACUCCACAGCUCAGUUACCCACACGUCUCUCGGCUGAGAAAUCUGAUGACGGUCCGACUUACGCAGCAGUGAGUUUUCACUCCAGGGCCACCAGCUCUAAUGAUGCAGAGCCACAGAUUCUCUUUAAGAAGGAAGAGGUCUCUUCUGAGUUUGAUACACUACCAACCAGGAAGAGCAAAAUCUUACAGAGACUUCCUCUGAGACAGGUGAAGCCAUCAACUACAUAUUUUGAAACUGCUGCUCCUGUUGCAUCACAUGGCAGUGUAACACACUUGGAGAAAAACUCUAUCUGA